AUGACGAAGAACAACCGCAACGAUGACAUCAUACCCAAGUGGAAUGGAGAUCUCACCACGGUGGACGAUUACGAGAGAGACGUCAAAGCCUACAUCCGAGGGACGAGGCGAGAUGAACGAUAUGUGUGCGGCCCACGUCUAUGGAGACGACUAGAAGGUCGAGCCCGACAAGCCGCUAAGGACGUAGACUGGGACCGCAUCGAGAAAGACGACGGAGCUGCCGAGCUACUCCGACAUGUUCGAGCGAAGCUCGGAGCUCAGCCCAUCCAGGAUGCUGGCAAGUAUUUAGCGAGAUGGAUCUUCGACUUACGCCGAGACACAGGAGAGCCGAUGCCGAGUUAUAUGAGCAAAGACGACGAGGCCUACCAUGACGUUGUGAAAGGGUUUGGCACCGAGUAUUUCAAGAAGCAGCGUGCGGCCCGACUCUCCGAGAGAUCAAAGUUGUGGAACACCCUCUAUAGUGAGCUGAAGUGGUUUUUUUACAAGAUCGAGCACGAGGGCCCAGAGGAUGCGGCCGAAGUGGCGAAGGACCUCAACUGGCGGCUCUGGAGUUUUGUCAGCAACGGCCUGGAGGUGAUCCCCGAGCAUCCAGAUUUCGGUACCGACUUUAAUCGGGCGAUUCCUCUGGACCAACUGCGUGGAUGGUUAUUGCUGGAGAGAUCAAGAUUGCCCCCGACCGAGCGUGCAGCAGUGAUCAGCGCAGUCAAAGGCAACUUCGACUAUGAUAGCAUCGGAGAGCAGCUGCGAGAGCUCGAGGACGCCGAGACCGCGUUCGCCGCCCAGCAGCGCAGCUUCGAGGAAGCCCGAGACCUCCUUCGACGAGUCAAGACAGCAAGGAAGUUCUACCCCGACAGCGCAAGUUUCAAGGGCCCCGGGCUGGAUCCCGAGGCUCUGGCUCGCCGAGCAAAGGACGAGGCCGAGGGAGCGGACAGCGACGUGACGGACCUCCUCGACGAGAUGGAGGUCGCUCCCAAGGAUGCCGAGAUGGAGGCCGACCUCAUUACGGACGAGACGACCCGCAUUGAGCUGGGGAAUGCGAUGCCCCCCAAGCCGGUGAUAAGGAACAAGCCGAAGCGGGAGAAGAGGCAGCUCGACAAGACCCAGUAUCUUCAGGUGGAGAGGUCCAUCGAGAUGCGAGAGCGAGUUGAGCACGUCAAGCUGCCGAGCUGGCUCACACUGGAGAAGCUUGACGACUGGAUCCUCAUGAGUGUGAAGCAGAGCUCCUCCAAGGGUUUCGGAAUCCUGGACAUUGGCGCGACCUCCAGCAUCAUGGGCAUAGAGGCCGCCGAGAAUCUACGCGACAUCAUUUACGAGAAGACGGGCCAGAACAUCAAUAUUGACGUUAGCCAGAAGAGUACGUUUAUAUUUGGCGAUGGCAACUCCAAGACCUGCACCGGCAAGGCUACCUUUCCUCUCAAGAUUGCUGGCGUGGACGGUGAGCUCGGCAUUAACAUCCUCGACGCAGAUGCCCCGCUCUUGAUCGGAGUGGAUGUUCUGAGCCGCCUGGGAGCUGUGAUCGACUGCGAGGCACAUUCUGUUUACUUCAAGAAGCUCGGCCUCAAGCACCUCAUCAGCACUUACGAGCACGGGGACAUCUUCAUUACCUACGCCUACGAGGACAUCAUCAAUAAAAACGUCUGGGACAUCAUCUGUAUCAGCCCCUACGGCCUCAGCUAUGACAUCAUCAGGGUCACCCUCAGAGGACUCGGGGGCAUCGGCGACGGGCCGCUCACCGACGUCGACGAGGACACAAAGGGCAACAUCUUCUACACGGUCGAGAGCUCGGAGCUGGACCACAGCAAGAAGCGGAUGACGGACAUCUUCCUGCUGGAGUAUCUGCCGAAUUGGGAGAUGUGGUCCAGCAAGCUCCUCCGGCAGUGGACACAGUGCCGCCGCUGGGGGCGGGUCAUCCAGAAGGUCUUUCUCAAGACGAUCGACCACGUGAACUGGAAGCUGGACAGUCUCGGCCUACCUGUGCAGCUGCUACCAGAGAAGUACCCGACCUGGCCGACGGACCUCGAGCACCGUGCGAAGAUCGAGCAGUGUCCGCCGAGCUCGAAGGCAAAGCAACGUCCCCAGAAGUCGACAGCCGCGGCCGCGCGCGAGCAGAAUCAAGAGCUGCGGGCCACCAUCGAGACCGCAAAGUCCGAUUUCUUGACCAAGUUUGCGGAGGUGAGUGCGUUUGCAGCGCUGUGCUCAGAGCAGAUCCACGAGCAGCUCAGCAUGGACACGCUGGGCAACCACCUCAGGCCCCUGUGCAAGAUGUGGGGAUUGACCCAGUCGGGCAAGAAGGAGGAGGUGGUCGACAAUAUCAUAGCGUACAUCAUCGAGCAGCGCGGCUCGGCGGCAGCGACGAUCAAGAUCCAGAUGGAGACCGAGACGAAGAAGGCGGAGAAGGCGCCGACGACCAUAGGCCCGGCGAUCCCAGCUCACUACACGCAGAUGUGCCAGCAUCCGGACUGCAAGCUAUGCCGAGGCAUCGCGAAGAACGAGCCGAUCGUGAAGGUGAGGCCCUACGGGUGGUGCCACCAGGCAUGCGCUGCCAGAUCAGCCAUCUUCGGAGCUAUGUGCGCCCUCACGACCUUCGGCCGCGUGACGAUGGUCGAAGCGCGCACCCACGAGGACUCGAACCUCGGGAAGGUGUGCGACGAGAAGGGCUACCACUACGAGCGUCUCGGUCUGUUCAGCGAGAACGACCUCAGCAAGCCGCAGGGCUACCACAAGGCGAAGUUCCUGCUGGACGAGAAGCGCCCAGAGCUCUUUGUCAGCACUCCACCCUGCGGGCCCUGGUCGAUAAUGCAGAACGCCAACCAGCGCGACGACAGGCAGAGGGAGAAUCUUCGCAGGAAGCGCCUCAAGAGCCAGCGGAUCUUUGAGAACAACAAGAGGCUCAUAGAGCACCAGGUGCUCAACCUGAACGGCUCGGCCCUCGCCGUGGUCGUGGACGGCUGUGCCUGCGGACUGAGAGCUCCCGACACAGGCGAGCUCAUGAAGAAGCGCUGGAAGUUUCUCACUAACGACAUGAGGAUCUGGGUGGCCCUACAGCCGCUACAAUGCCGUGGAGGACACUACCACGAGGAGAUUGAGAGCAGCCUGAGGACUGAGGCUUCGGGCUACUACCCCAAGAUGCUGCGCCGCCGGAUCCUCCGGGCUCUGACCAAGAGCCAGAACCAUAACUACUUCGAGGACGAGGUUGUGAAGUGCUUCUGCAUGGCAGCUACCCAGCAGCCACCGACGGAGCCUACGCUUGUGGAGGAUGAGCCGUCGAUUCCACCUCAAGACGGCAAGGAGCUUCACGACCUCACCAAAGAGACGAUCAAGAAGAUAGAGAGCUACAUCAGGCUGGUGCACACCAACCUUGCCUCAUCCGCAGAGCAGCCACAGAAUGGUCACGAGGUUCUCUUCGGCGCCUUCUCAUGGAUCCGUCGCAGCAAGAAGACGAACGUGAUGGCGCUGGCGAUCCUCGACGCCGGCUCAGACAUCCUCUACGUGCGACUGAUCGACGAGAAGGUCAUGCGCUACGAUCCCGCUGGCAACGCCAUCUCCAACGAGUUCCGCGAGUGGAUCGAGAGCCAGGGAGUCUACUGUCUUCCAUGCGCGGCCGACGCCCACUGGCAGAUCGGCAAGAUUGAGCGCGCGAUCGAAGCUUUCAAGGAGGCCCUCGACGCUUUCGACGAGAUGGUCUCAGCUGAAGUGCCUACCAGCGAGAUGAUUGGACUCCAGACAGCUGCCAGGAACGACCUGAUCAGGCGGAUCAUGGGCUCUCUCGGCCUGGGCAACGCGCAGCCGUUGGUGUUCCACUGCCUCGGGGCUGGCGCUGGCGUGACGCACGUCUACCACGGGGAGCCGAGCAGCGCGUGGGCCCUGGAGUACCGGGGCCGGCCGCUGCUCUUGGCGGACGUGGGUGCGGGCGUAACAUCCUCCGCGCUGCGUCAGCUCGGCCAGCUGCCGUCCACCAUCCUGGUGAGCCACAACCACACGGACCACGCCGGCGAGCUGCCCGUGGUCCUCGCGGUGGAGGCGCUGCAGAGGGGGCGGCGGAUGCGCGUCGUGGCAGCCCCCGAGGUGGCUUCGCGGCCUUCAGGAGCACCGCAUGCACGAGCACGCGAGCUUGGGCCGCUCACUGGAGGAUUUCGCCGAGUGGCUGGAGUCGCCGGAGGGAAGGCCCGUGCGGCUCUCCGGAACGUGCUCUGCGCAAGACUCGGACUCUGA